GGAUCAAACCAAUUGCAUUUGCAGCCCGAAGCUAGACGUCAAUCAUUUGCUCAGUGCCGCCUGUCGCGGCCUCCUCUAUUGCAGUGAAUACGGUAAGCACAAAGUUAAACGGAGCCCGUCAGCUGAUUGCUGACUGAAAGGCAGAAAGAUGGCGGCAGAAAUCCAUUCCAGGAUGCAGAGCAGCCGCCCGGUGCUGCUGAACAAGAUCGAGGGGCACCAGGACACGGUGAACGCGGCGAUCCUCAUCCCGAAGGAGGACGGGGUGAUCACAGUGAGCGAGGACAGGACAAUACGUGUGUGGUUGAAACGAGACAGUGGUCAGUACUGGCCAAGCAUCUUUCAUACAGUAUCAGCACCCUGCUCUGCCAUUUCCUACAAUCCCGAUAACAAACGGAUUUUUAUAGGACAAGAUAAUGGAGCAAUUGUGGAGUUCCUCAUGGCUGAAGAUUUCAAUAAAAUGACUUAUAUAAAGACUUACCCAGCACAUCAACAUCGUGUUUCCGCAAUCAUAUUUUCUCCAGAGAGUGAAUGGAUUAUAAGCACAGGACAUGACAAAUACCUCACCUGGAUGUGUACCAGAAGUGGAUGUCUGCAGGGAAGACACUGCUUUAGUGCAUGGGCUUCAUGCUUACAAUACGAUAUAGAAACACGCCACGCGUUUGUUGGUGAUGCCUCUGGACAGAUCACGUUAUUGAAGCUCGAACAGAAUUCUUGCAGUAUCAUUUCAACAUUAAAAGGACAUGAAGGUGGCAUAGCAUCCCUUUGGUGGGAUCCUCUCCAACGACUACUGUUUUCUGGAGCAUCUGACCACAGUAUUAUUAUGUGGGACAUUGGUGGAAGAAAAGGCAGGACUUUACUACUUCAAGGUCAUCAUGACAAAGUACAAUCUCUGUGCUACUUGCAGCUAACACGGCAGCUGAUUUCCUGUGCAGCUGAUGGGGGUAUUGUAGUUUGGAACAUGGAUGUCCAUAGAGAAGAGGCUCCACAGUGGCAGGAAAGUGAUUCUUGCCAAAAUUGCAAACAGCCAUUCUUCUGGAAUUUCAAACAAAUGUGGGAUACAAAGUGUCUUGGUCUUCGACAGCAUCACUGCAGAAAAUGUGGGAAAGCAAUAUGUGGAAAAUGCAGCACCAAACGUUCCAGCUACCCUGUGAUGGGCUUUGAGUUUCAGGUACGAGUCUGUGAUGACUGCUUCAACACUGUCAAGGAUGAAGAUCGAACUUCUUUGGCAACAUUUCACGAAGGCAAACAUAAUAUUGUACAUAUGAAUCUGGACAAUGCAAGAGGACUGAUGGUAACCUGUGGCAAUGAUCGCAUUGUGAAGAUCUGGGACAUGACACCUGUCAUUGGCUGCAGUCUGGCAACAGGUUUUUCUUCCCGUUGACUUCCAACUUCCAUAACAAUACACCUUUCACUGACCCAGCUUGGCCAGCCCUGCCUACUUGGUUCCAAGGAGAAGUGCUAUUAAAGCUGACUAGAGGUUUGGCUGAUAAACUUCUACUUUACCUAAAGAACUGGACAUUCACUUAAUAAACAUUGUGUCCAACUCCAUAAGCACAGGAAAACUCUACAAAUAGAAAUUUAAACCUUUUCUGAUUUAAAGAACUGUAAAAUAGUACCAAUAUUACAUAUGGUAUAUUCUAUAUUUAUUCUGUGCAAAACCUAACCCGAUUUAAUAAAUGUCUAUAAUGAAGCAAAACUGUGGAAGAUAAUUUUUAGAUACAAAAUGUGAGAUAUAUCUUGGUCAGAACGCAAAUUUGAAAUUGUAUAUUGUAGUGAUUCUACGUCUGUUUACAGUACAAUCAUUUUCAAUGUUGACUUAGUACUUCAAGACAGAUUCCUGUCAUAUACAGUUUAUGACCAGGCAUGAAUAAACAGGAGGCACUUUAUUGGGAAUUCAGGCUGUAAUUUUAUAUCAAUAGUGGAAAUAUUUGGAUAUACAAAAAAAAUUGUCCAUCAACCAAUUUCUUUCAAUUAGUUGUAAGUCAAGAGCAUUGUUUUUCUUCCAUGCUUACAAACAUUUUUAAAAACAGCAGCACACUAUCUGAUAAGACAGAUGAAAGAAACCUUGCAUCAUGAAAGAUCAUUCUUCUGAAUGUGCUGUGGAGACAGGUUCCUUGGCAUUUUCAUGAACUUUGAGGGCUCUUUCAUUUUAUUUUGAAAUUAAGAAACUUCCACAUGGUUUGUGGUGUAUUUAAUGAUAUCUUUAGUUCUGUUUGGCUUGUUAAGAUUAAAGUAGUAGUUGAGCUUAUUUUGUACAGACUAUAGUUCCAGUAAAAAGCACAUACUGCUUUUGACUUGGGUCAUCCUGUCAGUUUUGACGGCACCUGUGAGUAACUGUUCUGCGAUUUCAGAUCUUUGCUAAAACAGUCUUGGUUAAUAUUCCUGGGGUCUGGCUCCACAUGACCUAUUCCUGCACUGAGCAAUUUACAGAAAACAGAAUGAUGGACAAAGUACUUCCUCCACUUUGUUAUUUAAAACUCUGUGUUAACUGUGUGCUUCCAACAGUCAUUCAACCAAGAAGUUAAUUUGCACUGUUUUGGUUUUGUCCUUUUUUUAAAAUACAAAAAACUGCUAAACUUUUUCAUGAUUAAUUUUAAGGAACAGAAGCUCAAAGGUGCUAAUGACCUGAAAAUACCAUUGCAGUGUAAUAAAUUCACACACAGCAAGGGAAAGAACUGGUGAUGUAGCUAAACCUCUUUUUAUGAAAAAAAAACCACUGAAUCACACUUGUGAAUUUUUCCGUUAGUAAAUGACAGCAUCUGAUGAUUUAAAUGUGUACGAUUGUCCUAUGUGAGUUUGUGUUAUAUUUCAAUUAAUUAACAUUCCACUUAUUUGGAUAAUUAGUAUAUACAUUUUGAAAUGUUUUCUUAUUUUCACUACGGUUUUUAUCUCCUGGGGGAGAAAUUCAUCCUUGUUUGCAAGCAUUAAUAACAAGCAAGAGUAUUGACCACUGGUUGUAGUCACCUUCUGACCUUUGAUUCUAGUGAAGUUCAGGGAUGAGUAUAGCCAGAGGACAAUAAUCUUGCCAGUGUUUUAACACUAGCAACCAAGACUCACUGCUCCCUCUUCCUAUGUGUUUUUUAGCUCUUCCAUUUCAAAUGGUCUGCUGGGUGAUGGAAGCAAAAUGACGAAAUGGAUUGCUUUGUUAAAAAUUUUAAAUGACAGACUAAGUCAUCAGUCUUAUCAUAUUUGCACUUAAGCCCCACCACACAUGUCAUAAGUCUAGAACAAUUUCCCAUCUCACCUUUGCAAAGAAAAUAUAAUAGCUUAAUAUUUAAUCUAUCUUCUUGCUGAAGCUUGUUGAAAAUAAUACAUUUUGCAGUUUCUGACAGUCUUAUGCUCAGUUUUCAACAUAAUACAAAAACAACAAACAACAGUUCACUGUGGAAAAGUGUACAUUGAUGGCAUAAAUAUGUAUGCUUUUCUAAAAACUGUUGAAAUAACAUCUUAAUUUUGAAGUGAUGCAUUUGAAUGGUCUCAAACUCCCUACAAACAACUGCCAGCCAUUUCCUUGGUGUUUUACAUAGAAUCCACCCUUUUAUGCUUAUGCUACUAAAUUUCACACGUUUCUGCUGUUAUGCUGUACAUCAAAAUUGCAAUUGCUGCCAUAAUAAACUAACUUCCUAAACAUGAAUCUU